AUGGCAUUCCCCACACCUCAAACACCUCCAACACCUUCACCAGUAGUUUUUAACACUGCCUCACUCAAGGUGAAGCCACUUCCUUUUGCAGGCAGCAACAUCGACCAAGAAGCCUUUAAGCCGGGAGACGGUACUUGUCCUCCAGAAGUUAUGUCAAAAAUUUUGAAGGACCACUUUCAUUACCUCGAGCAAUGUUUGGAUAUUUACGAUAGUAGGAGACUACUAAAAGCUAAAGAAAAGCAGAAGGAGUUGAUUUCUGCUGCUGUGCCCCCGAAAACUCAAUUUAAACUUGAUCCAAAAGAAGUUGGUGAUUUGCUUGAAUUGGAUGAUCGAGACGAAUGUAUCGCACUUAUUGACAGUUUCAAAACCGAGUAUGAAAAUUGGUCUAAAUAUAGCAGCGAAGAAUUACGACAUAAUAUUAUUAUGCAUUAUUUUGAUGAACGCCUUUCUAUUCUUAUGAUUGUAUGUCACUUGUUUCGUCUCGAAAAUGAUCAAGAAUCGAUUUACCAUGGGUUGGCUAAAGAUUUAAUAGAAAGAUUUCAAUGGGACACUUUCUCUACUCGAAUAUAUCAACAAUUCAAGAGGCACUUCACUGAUGGAAUACCUGAUUCUAUAAUAAACUGGGAUUCCAAAUUGUGGACUAUGCAAUCGUUAAAAGAACAAAAAGGCUGUCUGGAAAUAUUAUUUCUAAUAUAUUAUCUUCAUAUUCCCUGUCCUCCAAAACGUAUAUUUGAAAUUAUCGAACAUUUUAAUCAGAUAAAAUUCGGCUUACAACAAUCACCUGAACUCAUCAUUGACUCUUCAGUUAACCCGCAUGUGAUAUAUGUAAAUCAUGUUUGUCAAGUGUUAAUGAUUGAAAUUCUUCGUGAGCCAAACUUCAAAAAUGCUAUACUGAAAGAAAGUCCCCAUGAGGAUACUUUACUCCAUUCACCGUCAACGAUAAUGCAAAUAAAUGAAUUAGCUCAUGACAUGAAUCAAGAUUAUUCAUAUGGUGUUUUCCUGAUUUGCUGGUCUUCUUAUUUGCAGCAUUUGCAACAAUUGUUUGAAGGAGGAAACGUGCCCGCCACUUAUGGAGAUGUGGAAAGCUUCGCAACUAAUUCUGCUUUAGCUCACGGUAAUAAAGCUAUAGCAUUAGAAGUAUUUGUUUAUAUCUUAGAAAUAGUCAAAGGUCCCUGUUUUCAAUCAGAUGAUCCGAAUUUUGGUGGUUAUACAACAGUUAUGAGAGAGUUUUUUGUUUCACUUUUAGAAGCAAUUAAUCCUAAUAUGUUACCUACUCGGAAUUAUGAGCUAUUUGUGGAGGCUUUUGCAGAACUUCACAAAAUUGGUGAUGGCUUUGCGACUUUAUUAUGGAUUGAAUACCAACAGAAUGAUCCUUCGAGAUUGAUACUGGAUACUGCUUUGCAACGAUUCCCACAAGAGUUUCGUCCUUUUACUCAAUUGAUGACGGCCCUAUCAUCCGAAGAAGAAUCAGCAUUUUCAGUAUUUGAUUAUCUUCAAUCAGUUCCCAAUUGCACAACAAAAUUUACCGCAGAUUCAAAUCAACAUUUGGAAGGAUCCGGCAUUAAUGUGAGAUCAAUCAACCCGAUUCCAGUAUUUGAUGAUGCGUUAUACAAAAAUUCUUUAGUAAUUCCACCAGGUACAUCCGGAGUUAUAUAUAAAAAACUAGACGGAAGCGCGAUAAUUCGAUGGAAUUUCGAGUAUUCUGCAUGGCAUUUAUUUGCUAAAAUGUUGCAAUCAUUUUCCCACUCAAACAUCGGAAAUUUUACCGAUGAACUCUUAUCUCGGGAUUCAAAAGUUUCAAUGAUCUCGGACAUUUUAGAUUUGCUGAAAGUAAUACUGAAAAAUAACAGCGCUAUUCCAGUGUAUUUAGCAACCCAUUGGAACGCUAGUGGAGAUCUUGAUUGCUUGCAAAUGCUCUAUCAACUUUUACUUUACGUGUCGCAUGUCACUCCAUUACCAAUUUAUUUGAUCGGUGCUUCCAUGGAAUGCUUUAGUGUCUUUGUUAGGGAUCGUCCACGUGAAGCUUAUUAUUAUUUCUCGACUGCAAAAUUAUUUUCACAAGAACACAGUCUCGAGAGGAUCUCUCGUGGCUUUCAACCAUAUGGUCAUUUACAAUUUAUGUUGAUGCAUGUGGAGAGUGCUCAAGGAAGAUAUCCGAUUACGAUUGCUCUAUUAAACUUUACAAUAGAAGUAAUCUCAAAGGCUCAUCAAUUCCCGACGCAAUAUAAUCCAGAAUUUGAAAAAUUGCAAAGCGAGAUUCUUUCUUCUUGUUUAUCGUAUAUCACCAGUCUAAUAUUCAUGUCUUAUGAUAAUUGGCGGUAUGUGAAUAUUGAAGAUAGAUUCCUUAUAGGGUCUAAAAUUUACGAAAUAUUUAACAGAGUAUUGGUGCGCUCUGCGUAUCCCAACGAAAUACCGAAAUUCGACGAUCCUAUGUUGGACUAUGCUAGAAAUCCCAUGAGUUCUAUUCAACAGGAAUUGGUGUUUAAAUUUUUAUUCGAUGGAGGAUUCCACCAAAUUUCUCCACUAUUAUUGAUAAUCCAACGUGGAAAUGAAUUUAUUCGGCAAUAUGAGAAAGCAAAUGCAAUUCGAAUAGCGGAUCAAGUCAAAAAAACGCUGGAAUUGGCAUUAACUUUCUUGUCACGUUUAUUGAGAUUAAGAAAGAUUAUGAAUGGUUCAGUUUCAUUACUUGAGCAUAGCUUGUUGGGAAAAAAUGGAGGAGUUAAAGACAGCCAUGGAUUUUUAUACAUAAUUGCAACAUACGUCAAUUAUUCUUAUAAAAUAGAGGUGCCAACCAUUGCCACAGACAUAUUAAUAUUGCUUGUUUGUGCGGCAGCUGAAUUGCGCCCACAAUUGCCGUCUUUAUGUGGUUACUUUGGCAAUAAGCGCGAGACCAAAAAUCUCGAAGACUCGUUUAUUCAUCAUCUUAAAAAUCAAGAUUUUCCUCAAAUACAAUUAGCGAUUCUAAAUUUUUUAACGGUUUCUGCGGAUUAUCGCUCUGGAUUAUUCAUUGAUAAUAGUGAAGUUCUCGUUGAAUCGUUAGAUUUAAAGGGGAAGGGGAAAGAUAACAAGAACACUGCCACGCCAACGAAAUCAAUCAUAAAAAUAGCUCUCGACAUGCUUAAUGAUUGGGAAAAGAUUCGACAAAAAACACCAACUGUGCUUUUAGCUUUAUUAAGGUUAAUAAACGCCAUCUGGAAAAAUGGAUUAUAUUAUGAAGAAUUAUGGCAAAGAUUGCGAAAAGACAAUCAACUUUGGUCUAACCUCUCUGCAAUAUUGUUUGCAAAUCUUGAAACAAUUCCCGAAAAUUGGAAUGGAUUCUAUGCAACUGCUGAUCGAUUCAUUAGCAAUACAAACGAGAGUGUUAUUGAAGUAUAUGUGAAUAUCUGCAUUAAAGCCUAUGUAUUGAAUAUUAUAAGUCACGAGGAUAACCAAAGCUUUCAAAUUUCGAAUAGCGAAAAUGAAAUUGACAGAGGGAAAAAUGUAAAAGAUGUUUUAGCGUCAUCAACUGGUCUCCAGCUAAUUCUAGAUGACAUGAAAAGCUAUGACAGGUUAUUUGAAUGGCUAAAAGAAUUCACACAGAUUGAUUACAAUCCAAGCUUUGAUCAACGUUGUCUAGAAUUGAAAGAGAUUAUUCCAACUUUUAACUUUGAGGAGCUGCGAGUAUUGAAUUGGAAUGAAGAUUAUGAUAUUCGUAAUUAUGGCGACAGCUAUCUUUACGAUAUAGCUGCAACCUACAAAUUAGCAUCUGUAAUGGGCGUAGAUGAAAAUUAUAUGAUUGAUAUAAUGACGCGUCUAUGUCAAAGCAGUCAUAGUUGGUCGCGAACAGAUGCACAAGUGGUUCUUUUUCGCUCUUUUAAAGGAUUCAUUGAGGUGUUGUCUAGCACAUUGGGCAAAAUGUUUUGGGAGUCGAAAAGCAAAAAAGAUGUGAGAUGGGAUGCUUUAUUAUAUAUAUCUGGCUUAAUAGCGGAUGAAAAACGGAUCGGUAGUGUGAUAAGAAUAAUUCGAAAUGAUAUGGCCACUUUACUAUUAACAUUACUUGAACAGACACCAGUUGCCAAUCAACCCAACGAAAGUACAUUGUAUGGAAAGUUGGUGUUAAAAUUGUAUAAGGCUAUCACGAAUGAUGUCGAUUCAAUCGAAGAUUCAAUAAAAGGCAAAGUUCAGCCUGCAUUUCAUAAACCUUUCCUGAACUCUAUGUUGUUAUCAUUGCGUGGAAUUGUUGAUGGAAUGGAUAUCUCAUUAAGUAAAAAUCACGAUAUCUUUUGGAAAUUCAGAGACACUUGUCAUCGACUUCUCGCGCGAAUUUGCACAAUCCUAAAUAAAUACCCGUUGAAAGAGAUGGAAGAUGAAGAUAUUGCUACAUUAAUAGCAAUAAUUGAAAAAAUACUUAAUCCAAAAUGCAUCUCUGAUAAUCAUAUAUGGGUGCCAAUUCUCGAGCAAUGUAACAUCAUUCCCCUACUGCUCGAUAUAUUCACCCACUCGAUCUCGAUUCCUCGUAAAGACCGUCCUUCUUACGCAACAAACGCAAUGGAUCUCAUAUUAUUACUUAACAAGUAUCCACUUGCUGCUAAUAAAUUAGAAACGCACGGGAUAAUUCCAAUAUUUUUCAAUAAUUAUUUAUCGGUUGAUUUACGUGAAGGACAAUUACGUCCAAAUAUUUCGGAUGAUAAGCAUGAGAUUUGGUGCUUUAUGUUGGCUGUAACCACCAGAUUACUAUGCACUAUUGGAAGCAAAAAUGAAAAAUUCAUACAGAACGUAUUAGGAUUCAUCACUUUAUACGGGAAGCAAAUACAAAAUGCAUUAGCUUGCGAAUCACCUAUUACUAUAGGAUUACUAGAGGAAAUAGAACGGACAACAAUGUUAUUAUAUGAAUUAUCACUGUAUAUAACACCAGAAAACUUUAUUGACGAAGUCGCUAUAUAUUAUGAAGCCUUAUUAAAAUUAUUAUCAAAGAUCAACUAUUUAUUCACUCAUCCUAAAACUGCAUCAAAAGUCACAGUACCGACUACAAGACAAGAAAAACAAUUAUCAACUCAAAAUUUCCCUAAAGAGAUCCAGUCAGCUCUUGCGACUAUAAUAUCCAGCGCCGAAGCGAAAGACAUGAAUAAAUUCUUGCAUUGUGCACAACAAAAAUUUUUGACAAUUGCGAGGAAUAUUCUCGUGACAUGUGUUGACUUGACUAAAGCCGAGGAUAUUCUCGCCAAUUCACCUUCGGCCGCUCCUGAUUCAUUGCUCACCUUUGAUGCAUCGUCAAAAGUGGGUGAGAAAAUACCAGCCACUAUUCAGACUUUGAUAGAGUUAUCUAGUUAUGGAUUUACUAUGCUGAAAUUCUGGGAGCAAUGCUUAACGACCAUUACAGAUAAUGAAAAUGUCGAAGAUUUGGCGUUAUGGCAAAUUACAUGGAAUAAAGUACCAAUGUUUCUAGAAACUACUUUUGUAUUGACUCUAACACAGUUGGCUUUGGUUAUAUAUACGACACGUGAUGACAAUGUCAUACAAGAUGUAAUUCUUCAGGCAGCAGAAGUGAAAAGGCAUUUGACUCGGGUUGCGGAUAUCGUUAAAGUAUUAAAUGAAAAAGGGAAGGAUGCUACUAAAGCAGAAUAUCAAUUGUGGUCACUUUCCGUGGUAUUACGUGGAUUAAACCGUUUCAUGGAUUCUCAGUUACCUAAUGAUCGUAUGUCAAUUGGUUAA